UUCUAUUGUUGAAAAUGGAUCAUUUAUUACCGGAAGGAAACGAACAUGAAAUGGAAGUGGAAAUGACUCCUGUUCAGACACAAAGUUCAUCUACUAUUAUCAGUUCCAAACAAAACCAGAUAUUGUAUUCGGAAAAUUUAAUUCCAUACGAGCGUGGUGAAAUGGGAUACAAAAUCGUUCGCAGACCGUCCCCGACACUCAAAACAUCUGACCAAUACAAAGAAAACACGAUGAGAUUUGCAACAUUUCCGCAUUACCGUGUUCCCGCAAACCUAACGCCAAAAUUACAGAAUAUUGUAUCGACUGUUGAUAUGGGCUGUCGGCUCGACUUAAAAGCCAUCGCGUUACAAUCAAAAAAUUCUGAGUUCGACCCUACGCGAAUAAGCGCAGUAAUCAUGAGAAUACGUGAACCGCGCACUACAGCUCUAAUUUUUUCUUCGGGCAAAUUGGUAGUUACCGGUGCCAAAAGCGAAACUGACUCUAAGCUGGCCGCCAGGAAAUUUGCUAAAAUUAUUCAAAAGCUUAAUUUUCCCGCAAAAUUUUUGAAUUUUAAAAUUCAAAACAUUGUCGGAAGUUGUGAUGUAGAAUUUAUUAUUCGCCUCGAAAAAUUAGACCUCGCUCACAGGCCAUUUAGCAGUUAUGAACCUGAGUUGUUUCCUGGUAUCAUUUUCCGUAUGAUAAAACCACGUGUUGUGGUGCUGAUUUUUGCGACGGGGAAAAUCAUUAUAACAGGUGCUAAAGUACGUCAAGAAAUUGUUGACGCCUUCGAGAAUAUUUAUCCAAUACUAAAAAGUAACCGAGGAAAAUGGAAGAUAAGAGAAUUGGCCUAA